UACGAAUUAGUUUUGUUUUGCCACAUUUCUUUUUAUUGUUUUGAGCUUCUAUUACAAUAAUAAAUUUCAUAUGUAUCCAUAUAUCUAUCACUUUGAAGUUACAAAGUCAGGUAGUACUGUAUAUUGUGAAGAACCCCUCCUCCACAUGUAGUUCUCCUGCUCUACUGCUUCUUAAUCUUCACUUCACAGUUGACAAACUUAUAUUGUUUAACUUUUCAAAUGAUUAUUGCAAAGUUCCUUAAAGGUAAGAUUCUUCAUGGCAAAAAUGGUGUCUUACUCAUCUUUGCAAGCUCCACCAUGCCUUGAACAUAGUGGGUGCUGGAUAAAUAUUUCUGGCUAGACUGUUGGUAGGAAAUAAGUUCCCAUCUUGUAAGCCAAAGACAUUUUGGAUGUCUCUCAUUAAAGGAGGGAGAAAAAGUCCAUAGGUGAGGAGGACCUUAAGUGAAGCCAACAUAAGCAAUGAUUAUGGCACCCACUCCCUCAAACCUUUUGGCAGCUCUGUCAGAGCUAUUUGGUUGGGGACUGGGUGGAGGGGGGGGGAGAGGGAGAAGCGGAGGGGAGGAAGGGACUGGCAACAGAGGACGCUUGGAAUUUGUCCCCUUGGCAGUCAGGAAGCAGCUUCUUUGCUUCCUCAUCUUGUUGCUGAUCCUGCGGAGUGGAGAGGGGCCCCUCCCCCCCCUUCCCUUUCUCUGGCUCUUUAUGUUCUGUAAGGGGGGGAGGGAAGGGGUGGAAUUUGCACAUCAGGCUUCCCGGAGCCGCAGACUGGGUCUUGCGCCCUUCGUCCAUUUCUCCCUUGGUACCUUUUCCAUUCCUUCUCGCAGGAAGAUUCUUCCCUCCGCCCACUCCCAAUCCCUUUUUCGCCCUCCUACCCCGCUGGCGCGCGCACAACGGGACCCCGGCACGUGGGCGCGCGGGAAGAGGCGGCGGCGGCGGCGGCGGCGGCCAAGGCUGCUGCUGCUGCUGCUGCUACUGCUAUUGCCCAAACCGGCUCGAGCCUUGGCUGCUGCCGCCCUCUCAGUCUCUAGCCGGAACCCAGCAGAGCAUCAAGGGAAACGGGGAUCUGGGAGAGGGCAGUACAAGCACAGAGAGGGGGAGGGAGGGAGGGAGAGAGAGAGAGAGAAGACAUCGUGGAAAGGGGGCUUGGGGGAGGCGGGUGGGUUGGGUAGGGAGAGCCCUAAAGCCCAGAAGCCUGGGAACGAAAAGGAGAAAACCCGUUCUCCGGCCCCCGCCCUCCUUCCCCGCCUUUCUCCCUCCCUCCCUUCUUCUCUCCCUCCCUGCCUGCCUGCCUGUUUGCCGGAAAGCACGAUGCAGCGGCGCUCUGGGUAGGCGGCGGCCGGCGGGAGCGGACAGAGGUUUCCCCGCAGCUGUCAAGGCGUCCGGCUGCUCCCUCCGGCUGGGGCCUGGAUUCAGGGGGCGGCCGGAUCGCCAGCCCCUGGCUAGAAGCUCCGGGAGGGCUUGAGAGUCGGAGCCGCAGCCAGAGACAGAGGAAAAGAGCGUCGGUGCAUCCAGCCGGGUGCUUAAAGUCCAAGGAGAGUUGGUGCUGCUGGGGUCGGUCACCCCCACCCCCCCGGCCCGCUUCCCACCCAACUUCGUUCCCAGCCCCUUCUUCCCUCCUCCUCCCCCCUCCUCCUCCCCCCAUGCUGUGGCUUCGCUGACUCGUCCAGUGGAGGGAUGUGCUCCCGGCCGGGCUGCGCUCUCGCUGCCUCUCCCCUCAUGGGAUUGCCUGCACAGAGAGGCUGGAGUUAGAGUGCUUAGCUCCCGCGGAGCCGGGAGCAGAACGGAGGGGGAGCAAAAAUUAACACACAGACAUACACAGAGAGACCCAUACAGUCCUUCCGCUGCACUUGCUGCUCGCCCUCCAGUCCCGCGAGGGGGCGGCUCCGGCCGGCGCCCAGACCAAGGGGUGAGUAGCUCGCCGCCGCGCCCAGUUCCCCACUUUAGCGCGGGCACGGUCUCUCUGAAGUUGUCGGUUUGCCCCUUCCUGGGGAAGGGGACCCGAGGCUCGGCCCGGCCUCCGAGAGGGCAACCCGCUCUUGUGUUCGGGUCACUGGGGAAGUUGUGGCUUUCUCUGUCUGUGACCGGCAGUCUCGCGGAGCUCCAGCUCCACCAAACCCAGCCAUCUCGCUUGGUUCGCAAGUUGUCCCCCUCCCCCCUCGCAUCCCAAUUCCGAAGCGGGUAUCAGGGAUAAAUAGGAAACAGAGGGAGAGGGACAUACAGCGCACUGCUCAUAGGCUCCUCUUCACUGGAUCUUGAAGCAGGGGUGUCCAUGGCAGGCUGUUCUCCCAUUGCAGUUUGUCCGCAGGUUAGCAGGUGCAGAAUGUAAGCGCUUAGAGAUCAUCGGCAGGGAUGGCUGCUAGGGCGCGGGAGGAGGCCGCGUGCACUUCAUUAAAGGAGCGUUGAGCAGCUUGAAUAUUAACAGCAGAGCGUGUGUGAGUGUGUAUGCACUGGGGAGAGAACGGAGCGGCAGGAGGAUACGCGCGUGAAAUUAUUCAGCUACAGGAAUAGAAGACACAUCCCUGAGCAGGCAACUCUAAAAAAUCCAAGACCUAGCGGGGAGAAACGGGGAUAUCAGUGACAGCUCAGGGUUUGAGGAUGAGAGGGUAGGAUACACAGUGGCGCUGCAGCUGGACAGAGCUUGGCGAGGACUCCGAACAUCCAACAGAUGGAGAAACUGGAGCAGAGUGUUGUUUCAGUAACUCAACUCUUUCACCUGCUUACAAUGACUGAGUAGUAGAACUCGAAGUAGAGCCUCAUCACCUAACUGGACAAAGCUGCGCCAUCCUCAGGGACAUAUCAAAAACUGGACUGGAACCUCUGCAGAGCUUUAAAGUGACAAUUAUUUGGUGGUGGCCUGAGGAAAUCAUAUUAACCCUGAUGUUGUCCUGAAACUCAUGUCCAAAGUUCAAAACUAUCAGAACUCCUAAGAUGCCUCAGGAACAGUAUACUCACAACAGGAACAACAUGCAGAGCUCUGAAGGACCGCAGGUAUACAAAGUAGGGAUUUAUGGCUGGCGGAAGAGAUGCCUCUAUUUCUUUGUUCUUCUCCUAAUGAUUUUAAUACUGGUGAACUUGGCUAUGACCAUCUGGAUUCUCAAGGUCAUGAACUUCACAAUUGAUGGAAUGGGAAACUUGAGAAUCACAGAAAAAGGUCUAAGGUUAGAAGGAGACUCAGAAUUCUUGCAACCUCUCUACGCCAAAGAAAUCCAGUCCAGACCAGGCAAUCCACUGUACUUCAAAUCUGCCAGAAAUGUUACAGUGAACAUACUCAAUGACCAGACUAAAGUUCUUACUCAGCUUAUCACAGGUCCCAAAGCAGUAGAAGCUUAUGGCAAAAAAUUUGAGGUGAAAACCGUCGAUGGAAAAUUACUGUUUUCUGCAGAUGACAAUGAAGUGGUGGUUGGAGCAGAAAGAUUAAGAGUCUUAGGAGCAGAAGGCACAGUGUUCCCUAAAUCUAUAGAAACACCUAAUGUGAGGGCAGAACCCUUCAAGGAACUAAGACUCGAGUCCCCCACCCGUUCCUUAGUGAUGGAAGCCCCUAGAGGAGUUGAAAUCAAUGCUGAAGCUGGCAAUAUGGAAGCCACUUGUAGGACAGAGCUCAGGCUGGAAUCCAAAGAUGGAGAGAUCCAGUUAGAUGCUGCCAAAAUCAAACUACCUAGACUGCCUCGAGGAUCUUAUUCUCCUACAGGAACCCGGCAAAAAGUGUUUGAGAUCUGUGUCUGUUCCAACGGAAGACUCUUCCUGUCUCAGGCAGGAAGUGGUUCUACCUGUCAGAUCAACACCAGCGUCUGCCUCUGAGAAAGACUGAGUGUCAUGGACAUUAGAGGAUGGCACUGGGGCUGGUUUUUGGUCUCAAUGAACACUUGCUGUGGACUCUCUCGACUAGAACACGGAAAGCGUCUUGGAGACCUUUUUUGGUGCGUGUGUGUGCGUUGUGAGUGUGUGUGAGAGUGGGGCUAUGAGACUUAUAUAUAUAUUGAUAGAUAUAAAUAAAUAUAUAUAUAUAUAAAUAUAUAGAUAGAUAGAAAUAGAAUCCUCUGUAUAAAAGAAGGUUUCAGUACAAAAGGAUCCAUGGGUGACCCCCAGUUCCACAUUAUCAGUUUCCCACAUCUAAAUUCAACCUCUAUUGCAGACUAUCAGACUGGAUAUCUCCAGAUUUCUGAAACAUAAAAACAAUGCAAAGUCUGCCAUACUAUGCCAUAGAUGAAUAAGAUCCCUUUAACAUCAUGAAAUCCCACUGGUAUUAGCCAAAAGUGGGACUCUUCAUGGUGAAGGAUGACCAGGUAGCCCUUCUUUCUUGUCAUGGUCCUGGGAGAUUUGGAACAUCGACUCUGAACCUCAAGGCAGAGCAGGGAUGGGAGUCAAGCACAGGGAAACCUAGGAAGCCCAUGUCUCAUUCUUGACCAUAUUAUGGGUUUUCAAUGUAGUGGGUUUGAGUUUUAGCCUGUUCUCCUCAUUCACAUGUGCCCAGUAUCUCAACGUGGUAUUCUCUACCAAGUAUGAUGAGUCAGCUUCCUCAUCUGUGAUGCUGUGGCCUCUGUAAAAGGUAGUUAUGUUGUAAAGGAAGUAGGAAACUAUCUUAAAUCAUGGGUUGAGAAACUCCCUCAUUCUUAGAAGGAAGGUUGUUUGUUCCUAGAUUUCUCUAUUCUAGAGAAAAUAUGACAAAGUGGCCACUGUUUAAGAUAUGUCCAGGAAGUCCAAGGACCACAUUGGUCUAAAUACAGAGGAUACACUCCACAAAUGAAAUAAUUUUCUGUAAAGGAUGAAAUAAGAAGCAGAUAUUGUGUACCUAAAAAAGAGGACAACCAGCUAUUAGCCAUCUAAAGUUUUGUUUGCUUGUUUGUUUUUUUUUAAAUGAACUAGAUUAAGGAAGAGAAUAAAAUUGAUCCAUUUUGGUCACUUGGGCAAAGGAAAGAUUGUGAGAGGAUAUAUCCCAGGAUAAGCUUCUAAGAGAUGGAAUCUAACAAAGGUUAAGUUCAAUCGAAGGGGUUUGAUCUUUUUUCUCAAGUGCUUCCUCAGAGUCGGUGGGUGGAUUAGAUUUUUGAGAACAUUUUUUCACAAAGAUCUAGCUCAGAUCUGGUCCAUGUGAGAUCCAAAGAGACAGAGGAGGUCAACAUGCUUGAGAUCUUAUUACUGGGAAGGUCAAAUCCCUAUCUUCACUGGGUCAAUAUCCAGUGCAUUCUGCCUAUCAGAUACACACACCAUGCUGUCAGAGCCAAGAUGUUCCUUUCCCCACCCUGUUAGACUUAUUGAUUAUUGAGGAGUUGGACAGGGGGUGGGGGAUGCAAAGAGGAUAACUUUAAUCAUAGUAGCAGAAGUAUGAAAUCUCCCAGAGCCACUAGUGGUUGCCAUACAUCCAGACUGGCUGUCACCAUACGCUCCCAGCCAUCAGCUAAUUAUGUCUAUGGCCAUUUUCCCACCACUGUCAAUGUGAGGGGUCACCCUGGAUUGCGGUUGUACUGGGACAAGGGACUGUACUGUCUCUGUUCAAAGAGGGGCAAAUCUGUGCCUAUGCCUUAAAGUCAAUGCACUCAGCAAGGAGAAGCACAUCUCAUUUAUCCUGUCAUUUGAUGUCAUUUAUUAUUUUAGGCAAGGGGGCAGGGGGAG